UGCUAUGUAUAUCUUACCACAGUAAAAUAAAAAAGGAAGUGGCACUACAUAGCCGGAGAGAGAUGGAGAGAUAAAUAUUACACUUUUUAAAUACACUUCUGCAUUGCUCAAUUGUGUUAUAUGUGCGAUAUUCUUAUAAUUUUAAAACGAUUUUAAAAAUUUAAAGCAAAAGAAAUCUUAUAUUUGCAUCACAAAACCAACCACAGCUUACUGGACUAGUUUCUAAGAUGGGAACACACUGGCCCAACCCUCUGGCAAGAUGCUUGCAUCCAAAAAGCCCCAACUCAGUGCUGCAUCCUUGAAUGAGUUGGAAAUUAAAAUCAGCAAAAACAAAACCUGGGGCUUCUUGUGGUUUGGGAGUCUCAGGGGGUGGUUUUGUUGUUUCUUAAUUAUUUUGAGCCUUGUUUUAACUUUUAAAAGGAAUAUUUAGAUGCGGAAUCUAAACACAGGUUUCCAACUCAUAGUCGGAUGUGUUGAGAUGAAGACAAAAGAAGAGCUGGGUUGGGAGAAAGAUGGUCAGUCUCAUGUGGACAAGGAGAGUUUGAGAUUCCUGUUGGGCAUCCAGCUAGAGAUGGUCAGUAGGCAAUUUAGGUGGAGCUAAGGAGAGGGUUUGAAGCUGAGAUAGACUCAAGCCUAACUAUAUGGGCAGUAGGGGGAGUCCACAAUGUGAGAAGAUGGCAAAGAAGGACCAGGGUAAUGGUCUGGGAGUCAGCAGCCAUACAUGGGCUGAGGAGAAAGGGAAGCCAGAGGAGGAAGAGAGUAGAGGGUCUCAGAUGCCCAGGGUAAAAGAAUCACUGGAAAAAACGAUCGACCCUGUGUUGCAUCCUGCAGGGACAUAAAGUACAAAGGGAACUGGGGAGGGAUCUUGGACUUGACUGGGACAAGGGCCUUCUUGGCCUUGACCUGAGAGGUUUCAGGGAGAGACAGGGGUGAGAGCCAGGGGCACCUUCCCAUGUCCCAGCACAUAGAACAGUGCCUGGCAUAGACAGGAGCUUGGGAGCUGUUGCUGAUGGAUAGAUGUGUGGAUGGAUGGAUGGAUGGAUGAUCGAUAGAUAAUGGUUGGAUGGACAGACGAUGGCUGGAUGGACAGAUGAACAGGCAGAUGGACAGAAAGCCAGUGGUCUGAGAGAUCAGAGAAGUCUUCAGGAAAGAGGUGAACUGAAUUGUGUCUUGAUUCAAAGGGGGAGCACUGUGAGUCAGGAAUGACUCCGUGUCCAUGGGCCCAGGGAGGACGCCUGCCAGCUGGACUGUGGGAGGAACACUCAGAGGCCCGAAGAUGAGGCCUGAAAGGUCGAGCAGGUCUGAGCCAGCUCAGGACUCACUUUACCACGCCACACCAGAGGACAAGGCACUCAUGGAUUUGCCAAGCACCUACUGUGUGCAGUGUCACUAUCAGCCCUGAGGAUUCAGUGGUGACAAGGACAGCCUCGGAGAGGGGGCACACACACUGGGUGACUCCAAGGUGUGGGUGUCACCUGCCUCAGACAGGAGGCUGGGUGUUGGGCCACCUCUGGGCUGUGAGUCCACCCAGGGCUGCCCUGGCCUCUCUUGGGGGCUGGCCACCCACCUGCCCAGCCCCAAGAUGCAGCACCGCCUGCUACAGCCCUGUGCCCAUCAUGCCCACCAGGUUCCCACUGCGACCUGGCCCCCGAGGGACAGGCCCCAGGUGCUGGCCCGGUGGGUUUUGGUCUGACGUUCAGCCACUAUGGUAUAUCUUCAGCGAAGGGACCCAGCUCACUGUCACAGGUGGGCCCAAGUCUGCGCCCUCAGUCACUCUGUUCCCGCCCUCCUCUGAGGAGCUCAGUACCAACAGGGCCACAGUGGUGUGUCUCAUCAGUGACUUCUACCCCAGCAACUUGACAGUGGUCUGGAAGGCAAACGGCACCCCCAUCACCCAGGGCGUGGAGAUCACCAAGCCCUUGAAACAGAGCAACAACAAGUACGCGGCCAGCAGCUACCUGACGCUGUCCCCUGCCAUGUGGAAGU